CAAGAAAGAAGAAUGUCAUGAAGUGCUGAGACUCUGUGACGAUUACUCUGAAGAUGAAGUUUCCCUUUGUUCUCAUUCUUUUAGUAGAUAUUCCUUAUCUAAAAGGACAGCAGAGGAUUGAGGUGCUUCAACACAUUUUGCUGAGACUCUCAUUUCCUCCGUUUUACAACAGUUACAUGAAAUCCUGCUGCAAACUGUAUCAUGGAGGAUGUUACAAGCUGAUGGACAACACAGGAUUUACCUGUGAAUUCCUGAGAGGGAGGGUCACAAAAACAGAGAAAGAUGGCUGGAUAGAGUUUAAAAUAAUAAAUGUGCAGUUUGUGGAUGGAGGCUAUUACAGAUGUGGUGUUCUGGGAGCACAAACACAGAUUUAUAGUGACUACUAUGUUGAGGUUUUUGCUUCAGAUCACCACAGGCAUCCUGAGCCGCCACUGACAACAACCGUCAAAGUCCCCAACAGCUCCCCGAGACACCCAGACUCCACUGGACCUGCUCUGUCAGAGGACCGCAGUGAUGAUAACAGAGCUUCCUGGAGUUUUGGUCUACCACUGGCUGUCCUUGUGUCCAUCACAGUGAUGAUUUUUGUCUCUGCAAUGAUUGCUGCUGUUUGUUUCAGAGUCAAGGCCAAAUGUAAAAAGUCGGACACAUAUGAAGAAACUCUGUCUGAGUCAUUGACACAAGAAGCUCCGUUUCUUCUAGGAGAUGAAUGCUGUAGUCUACACAACGAUAGACUUCACAGCUCACCAGGACCCCAACGCAAUGUAUGCCAACCUGAGGAUGCCAAAAAUACAAGCAAGUGCCCCGGAUGUGGAUCAUAGUGGAAUGGUGGAGUACUCCACACUUGCAAUCCAACUCUAAUUUCAGCUUGCAGAAUUAAACAGUCCACAACUAUUAAUCCCUCAUACUAAUUUUUACUUCUUGCAUUUAAUCCUAUUCUAUUUUAAUUUUUUAUGCCUUUAUUUUUAUUUCUUUUAUUUCUUUUACAAAGUUGGUUUUUAAAAUACGUUUUAAUGCUUCUUCUGCGCCCGCUGUAAUGCUUUUAAUGUUUUAUGUCAAGCUCCUUGAAUGAUUUUGUACAUGAAAUGUGCUUAAAAAUAAACUUACCUUGCAUAACCAGACAAAUGGGAUGUAAUGUGGAGUUGGUUGUUUUGUGGUGCUAUAAAACUGAUGUCAUAGCCACUAAUGUUUUAGUUUUAAAUAUUUGAGA